AUGUGUCCCACAUGUGGCCUACGAAUCCAUGAGGAUGCCUUCACCUUCCUGUCCCUGGCCCUGGAGACGCUGAGACUGCGCAGCAUGGGCCUUUUGGCUGGACCUGGGCCAUCAGACUUCACCAGACUUCACCACUUCAUCGGACCAGCCUUCUUAGCUUGUUUUCCGAUCUUGUCACCUUGGGCGCCACUGGUGUUUUUCUGCAUGAAAGUUCUAGUUUCUGAGCAGCUGCUCAUUCUGGUCUUGCACGCCUUGAUCAUGGCCGGCAUGUCCUUCCAGCUGGAGCUUGCCAAUGAUUUUUGGCCCGAGCUGCACUGUACCCGCAGCGCGGAAUCGUCUGAGACGGCCCCGAAUGUGUGGCAUGAGAUGGCUCGCUGGACGGGAACCGCCUUGGUGUUCUUCGCUGCCGGCGUUUCCAUCUUCUUCGCUCUUGGCAUUUUGGGCGGCUACGUGUACCGAUUUCAUGGCCUGCUGCCUGCUCGCUGGGCGACAUCCCUGUACAAGCCGGACGUGAGGAUGACUCGAUUUGCUGCAGCACCGCAGUCCAUGUCCGAUUAUAGGCACGAAUUCCUACCAGUGGAUGUCAUGGCGACCGAAACCUUGAGUCUUUCGCUCCUCCGACCUGGCCUCGGCAUCGCUGCAUCUAUGGGUUUCUGGCACCAGAAGAUGAGUUACGCAUUCCAGGUGGGUCGAAGGCUGGAGUGGUACUUACCAGCCCUUCCAGAUGACACCAAGACCACCGCAUUCACCUCGGACUGCGUGAGCUGGAUGACAGUGGCGCGGGCGACGGUGCACAACCUCUCCCUUGCCUGGCUGCUGCUGCCCUUUGGCGGGCUGCCAGCCCGCGCAUCUCUGUAUCUGAACGAACGCAACUAG